AUGAAAACUAUACGGCGCUUUCCUCUAGCUUACAUCCCCUCUCUCACUAUUGUUUUUGAAGCUCAGAGAUCUGGUGUCCUUCUUCUCUCUCUUUCUCUCUCUUUGAUAAGCAUCUUCUUCCCAAUAAUAAGACGUCCUCGGCGAUCUGGAAAUUUCUCUACUUUCUUAACUCUGCUCAUAAAGUUGCUAUUCGGGAAAUCUGAGCUAUGGGGAAGAAUCAAGCUUACAAGGCUAUGCAGAGAUCUAGGGUUGGCUCCAGCUCGGCUCAGCCGGAGGAGGUUGAAGAUGGAAUGGUAUAAUUGUGUGGAUGCUGUAGUUGCUAAAGGAGAAGAGAACAAAACUUACUUUCUAUAUAGAUACUAUAUUAGGUUUCACAUAAUAUGAAGAUACAAAUCCAAUUGAAUAUUGA